AAAAGCCAAAAAGAAAUAAAUCUGCUUCGUCUCCCACAGUCCCACCUCUCCGUUGCCCGUCCCCACUUCCAAAACCACCCCAAACCCUCGGAACCCCCGCUACCCUUGCCGCUGCCGGCGCAGCCAUGCGCCGAUCUCAGGACUGCCGCCCUUUCCGCCCGCCGGAUUGGGCCCCGCCGCCUCCUCCCUACCACCGCGACCACCACCACUACCAACCCCAGCCCCAGCCCCAGCCCCAACGACACCGCCCCGCGCAGCAGCCCCCGCCGCAGUUCGCCGUGAUCCUCCUCCGCGCGGGCCCCGACUUCUCCGCGCCGACCGCCACUGAGGUGGAGGCCCUCGUCGCUGGCCUCCCGUCCCCGCCCCUCGCCAGCCUCUCCGUCCGCUCCUCCGGCCGCGCCGCCGCGCGCCUCGUCUUCCGCUCCCUCCACUCCGCCGCGGCCGCCGCGCGCGAGCUCUGGGCGCUUCGUCUCGAGGGGCUCCACCUCCUCACCCCGCGCCUCCCCGAGCCCGCCCUCGCCUCCCACGCUUCCCCGCUCAUCGCCUCGCUCUUCGCCGCCCACGCCUCCCGCCUCCUCGAUUCCAACCUCGUGUCCCUCUCGGCAACCCGCUCAGCUGAGCUCGCGGUGUCCAUCCGUGAUGUGAAGCACAGUCUGGGCUCGCGGAACCGCUACCGCGACUUCGAACAGCUCCAUCUCCAGAAGAAAACGCUCGAGGCUGAGAAGGAGUUGGUGGACGCCAGAAUUGCCGAGUAUGAGGCGGCGAUGAUGUCGAUACGGCGUGCCAUGUUGCGCGGGUCGGAGGAUGAGGAGGAGGGGGUGGACUUGUUCGGGAUUGUGGGUGGCGGGGAGGUGGACUUCGCGAGGGUGCACAUGAUUAUGCUGCGUGAGUGCAGGAGGCUCAAGGAGGGGCUACCGAUCUACGCAUACCGCAGGAGGAUUCUCAAUCACAUUUUUGCCAACCAGGUCAUGAUCUUAAUAGGGGAAACUGGUUCCGGGAAAAGCACACAGUUGGUUCAGUUUCUUGCUGACUCAGGUCUUUCUGCUGAUGGUUCUAUCGUCUGUACUCAACCUCGAAAAAUUGCUGCUAUAUCUUUAGCACAUAGAGUAGACGAAGAAAGUAAUGGCUGUUACGGGGACAAUUCCGUGCUGUCAUAUUCAACAUUUUCAAAUUCUCAAGAUUUUGGUUCUAAGAUUAUAUUCACCACAGACAGUUGUCUUUUGCAUCACUGCAUGAGUGAUAUGGGCCUGGAUGGCAUUUCGUAUAUUAUUGUUGAUGAAGCUCAUGAAAGAAGCUUGAAUACUGAUCUUCUGUUAGCUAUGAUCAAGAAGAAGCUGCUUGAUAGGCUGGAUUUGCGACUUAUUAUAAUGUCGGCCACUGCUGAUGCCGACAAACUUGCUGAAUACUUUUAUGGCUGUCAAACAUUUCAUGUUAAAGGGCGAAGUUUUCCUGUUGAAAUUGAAUAUGUUCCAGAUAUAUCAGCAGAUGUUCCCUUGAAUACUGCGCCAAGUAUUUCUCGCGUUGCUUAUGCUACUGCUUCCUAUGUUUCUGAUGUUGUAAGAAUGGUAAGCGUCAUUCACAAGAAUGAAGAAGCUGGCGCUAUCCUUGCUUUUUUGACAUCUCAACUGGAAGUAGAAAUGGCCUGUGAAACCUUCAGCGAUCCAAAUGCUGUGGUACUUCCUAUGCAUGGAAAGCUUUCCCAUGUAGAACAGAGUCUUGUCUUCAAAAGCUAUCCUGGAAAGAGAAAGAUCAUCUUCUGCACGAAUAUAGCUGAAACAUCAUUGACCAUAAAAGAAGUAAAGUAUGUUGUUGAUUCUGGCUUGGCCAAGGAGUGCAGAUUUGUGCCUACUAGUGGUCUCAAUGUACUGAAAGUCAAUUGGAUUUCCCAAAGUUCUGCCAAUCAACGAGCUGGCCGAGCUGGUCGAACAAGAGCAGGGAAGUGUUACAGGCUUUACUCUGAAUCUGACUUCGGUAUGAUGGAAGUGCAUCAAGAACCUGAAAUCCGGAAAGUUCAUCUUGGCACCGCUGUUCUAAGAAUACUUGCUUUGGGUGUUAGGGAUGUACAAAAUUUUGAGUUUGUCGAUGCCCCAGAUCCAGAAGCCAUUGAUAUCGCUGUGAAUAAUCUUGAGCAAUUAGGUGCCAUAAAAUAUAAAUAUAAUGGGUUUGAGCUAACUGAUACUGGGCGCCACAUGGUCAAAUUGGGAAUUGAGCCGAGGCUUGGGAAAAUCAUGCUUGAUUGCUUCAGUAUUGGUUUGAAAAAAGAGGGUGUAGUCCUAGCUGCUCUUAUGGCAAAUUCUAGUAGCAUAUUUUGUAGAGUUGGCACUAACGAGGAGAAAUAUAGAGCUGACCGUCUGAAAGUCCCAUUCUGUCAUCCUGAUGGUGACCUUUUCACUUUACUCGCUGUUUAUAAGAAGUGGGAGGAUGAGCAUGAGAACAAGAAUAUGUGGUGCUGGCAGAAUAGUAUCAAUGCCAAGACCCUGAGGAGGUGCCAGGAAACUAUAUCUGAACUCGAAAAUUGUCUAAAGCAUGAGCUGAACAUUAUUGUUCCAAGUUAUUGGUGUUGGAACCCUGAGGAGCCUACUGUGCAUGAUACUUUGCUGAAGAGGAUUAUUAUAUCAUCUCUUAGAGGUAAUCUUGCUAUGUUUUCUGGACAUGAAAGAUCUGGGUAUCACAUUAUUUCAGCAGAUCAGCCAGUGCAACUUCACCCGUCAUGCUCAUUGCUCAUUUAUGACAACAAGCCUGAAUGGGUGGUAUUUGCAGAAAUCUUGUCAGUCCCUAAUCAAUAUUUGGUAUGUGUUACUGCUGUUGAUCAUGAUGACUUAGGUACAGUUCACCCCAUGCAUUCUAUUAAGCAACUGAAGAAGAGUAAAUUACAGAUGAAAGUGAUUACUGGGUUUGGCAGUAAGUCGCUGAGAAAAUUUAACGGCAAAUCUGCCCAAAAUCUGCAGAAAAUUAUCUCACUUCUGAAGGAAGACUGCAGAGAUGACCGUAUAACUGUUGAAAUAGACUUCACAAGCAAUGAAGUUCUGCUAUUUGCUAAAGAACAUGAUAUGGAAAAGGUCUUUUCCAUUGUUAAUGAUGCUUUGGAACUUGAAGCUAAGAUGCUGAGGAAUGAAUGCCUCGAGAGAAGACCGGGCAGUGCUGCUCUUGCACUAUUUGGCUCAGGUGCUGAAAUUAAGCACUUGGAACUUGAGAAGAGAAAUCUAACAGUGGAGGUUAUGCAUCAAAAUGCUCGUCAAUUAUAUGAAAAGGAGCUUAUUUGUUUGGUGGAUACUCUUGUCUCUGGUAUAGCUAGUUUUCACUAUCUUCUUGGGAAUAUUCAGGCAGUCUCAGAUGAAGUGAAGUGGGCAAAGUUUACAUUCCUCAAACCAGAAAAGGCUGAAGAUGCUGUUUCCAAAUUGAACGGGAUGGAGUUUCAUGGUUCCUCACUUAAAGUGGUUCCCAUAUGCCCUUACGACAAUCGAGGAUUACCGUUUCCUGCAGUUAGAGCCAAAGUUUCUUGGCCACGUAGGCCAAGCAGGGGAAUUGCACUUGUAACAUGUGCUAGAGGGGAAGCUGAAUUUGUUGUGAAGGACUGCUUUGCCCUAGGAGUUGGUGGAAGGUAUGUCAAUUGUGAGGUUAGUAAGAAGUAUGAGAACUGUGUCUUUGUCACAAGGGUCCCAUUGCAUAUAACAGAACCAGAAUUGUAUGAUGCUUUUUGUGGUGCAACAACUAGGAGAAUCCUUGACGUUCGCUUGCUUAGAGGAACGCCCACAGCUGGCCCCUCUGUUUCCAAAUGUGAAGAAGCACUGAUGAGAGAAAUCUCUCUGUUCAUGCCAAAUAAGAAUUUUCCUGGCCAAAAUUUCCGUGUGGAAGUGUUUCCUCCUGAAGAGAAAGAUUCAAUGAUGAGAGCAACCAUAACUUUUGAUGGAAGUCUUCAUCGAGAGGCUGCAAGAGCACUAGACCAUCUUCAAGGAAGCAUUCUUCCUUUUUGUCUUCCUUGGCAGAUAAUACAAUGCCAGAAUGUAUUUCAUAGUACUCUUUCAUGUCCAGUACGCAUUUACAAUGUUAUCAGCCAGGCAGUUGCUUCUCUGCUUGAGAGCUUUCGAAGCCAAAAAGGUGUGUCUUACAAUUUAGAAAAGAAUGAGAAUGGCAAUUUCCGGGUUAAACUCACCGCAAAUGCCACGAAAACAAUAGCAGAUUUGAGAAGGCCUCUUGAGCUUUUGAUGAAAGGCAAAACCAUAAACCAUCCUGAUCUGACGUUAAGCGCAGUUCAGCUGCUCUUAUCCCGUGAUGGUAUGGCACAUUUGAAAUCAGUUGAACAGGAGACUGGUACUUACAUUCUGUAUGACAGGCAAAGUCUGAAUAUUAAAGUCUUUGGACAUACAGAUCAGGUGGCUGCAGCAGAGGAAAAAUUGGUCCAUGCACUUCUACAGCUCCAUGAGAAGAAGCCUCUUGAAGUUCGUCUUCGUGGCCGGAACCUCCCACCAAACUUGAUGAAGGAAGUAAUAAAAAUUUUUGGAGCUGAUUUAGAAGGAUUUAAGAAAGAGGUCCCUGCAGUAGAGCUUCAGUUGAAUACACGAAGCCAUACACUUUAUGUUCGAGGAAGCAAGGAAGACAAGCAAAGGGUGGAAGAGAUGAUCUCCGGGCUGAUAACCUCUAGUGACCACAAUGCUCUGGUUCGACUGUCAUCAGAAAAUGCAUGUCCUAUUUGCCUGUGCGAACUAGAAGAUCCCUUUAAGCUUGAAUCCUGUGGUCACAUAUUUUGUUUGGCUUGUUUGGUGGAUCAGUGUGAAUCUGCCAUAAAAUCACAAGAUGGCUUCCCUCUUUGUUGCCUCAAAAAUGGGUGCAGAAAGCUCCUCCUCCUCGUUGAUCUGAGGUCUCUCCUUCCUAAUCCUGACAAGCUGGACGAGCUGUUCAGAGCUUCCUUGAAUGCAUUUGUUGCAUCUAGCGCAGGAUUAUACCGUUUCUGCCCCACACCUGAUUGCACAUCCAUUUACCAAGUGUCUGAUGCAGAUGCAGAAGGCAAACCUUUUGUCUGUGGGGCUUGCUCUGUGGAGAUCUGCACUAAGUGCCAUCUCGAAUAUCAUCCUUUCAUAUCUUGUGAGGCAUACAAAGAGUACAAGGAAGACCCAGAUGCAACUCUGCGUGAAUGGCGCAAAGGGAGGGAGAAUGUGAAGAACUGCCCUUCCUGUGGAUAUACAAUUGAGAAAGCUGAAGGUUGCAACCAUGUUGAGUGUAGGUGUGGCAGUCACAUUUGCUGGGCAUGCUUGGAGAACUUCAAGAGCAGCGAUGAGUGUUAUAGCCAUCUCAGGUCUGUGCACCUAUCUUAUUAGAAAAUUAUGUAGAAUCUAGAUGUAAAUUUGUACAUAUCAGCACAAAUAAUCAGAUUUGUGUAUAAUAUGGGAAGCUGAUUUCCUUCCAACUAUUAACCUAGUCAAAAUUGUCUGA